GAGCCAUUUCCCCACAGCUCUCCUCUCCGCCUUUCAUUUCCCACUCCCAAACGCCCUGCCCUCCCCCUCUCGUAUAAAGCCAAUCCGAACUCCUCCGAGUCUUUUUUUGCAUCAAAAUAAGAAGGCAAACAAUCGUCCGUACGUUUCAGCAGACUUGUUGUCGUCAUGGAGAUCAAAAUCCCAAGAGGAGAAUCCAAUGCCAAGAAGCCCCCCACCCGGCUCCAGAAGCGCGCCCCUGCGUCCCUCCAGCUCGACCGCAGCAUCAACGCCUUCGCCUGGGAGAAGGCCUAUUCUUCUCCUACGCCAAUUCCCCUGCUGUCGCCGCUCAUUCUUUCCCCCACGCCGUUGUUCGAGGCUGAUGUGGCCCCGGUCUCGGAGGCAGAGAAGAAAGACGGCGGCGAGUGCGAGGACGAGGAGAGGACGCCGAUGCCGCCGCCCGGUGGAUGGCGUCACCCGGCUUUGCCGAUGGUGAUGGUGGAGCCCGCGUCUCUGCUUCCCAUGUUUCAGUUCCAAUGCGCUCUGGUGCGCAACGUGCAAUGACCGCAUUAUUCUGCUUCAGAUUUUUGUGUAGUUGAACUCGAUUCAUCUCCCUUGUAUUCAUGGGUGGUAUGCUGGGUAAGCAAACUCCACCGAUUCAAUGUGGCCAUCGGUUCGAUGCUAUAAAACAGAACAAAAAUAUUUUCAAAAUAAAUAGCUGUGGAAGUUUGGUGUGGACUUUCUCCUUGCGACCUGUUAAAGGAGGAUGAUAGCCAUUUUUUUUCCUUUUUUUUAUUUUA